UUAAUUUUAGAGAAAGCACAUUGGGUUUGGGGCAGGGGGCGGUGGUCAUGGCCAGGUUGUUGACAAAUUGUCUGAAAUUUCCAAACUAAAAAACAAUCGUUCAGCUACAACAUUUCCACUAUGUUUUUGUUAGACAACAACAAACAACCAAAAUCAACCUUUUAUCAACUCGAUCUCAAUUAGUUUCUGAUAACCCAUGCGAAAUGAGGCACUGAAGUACCCAGUAAUCGGCGAACUUUGUGAUGCCGAACUUUGGGAGUAGGAGCCCAACUGGUGGACGGUGGUACCGUACUGCAUAACACAAGCAGGACGUUACUCGAUAUCACUUUCUACGCCGCUCGAUAGCGCUGUGUUCCCAUCCCAAUACCCGUGUGACUGGUGGGGAUUUGUUUCGUCUUUUGAUGCUACAAAUGUAAUAAAAAUGAGGUUUUUCUUGCCAUUGUUGCUGUUGGUGCUGCUGCAGUCUGUGUUGGCUCAGAGAUGUCCUCAUGGAUGGCUGAUGCACGGAGACUCCUGCAUCAUCCUCAAGAUGGACUCCAAGAGUUUCUUUGAAGCUCAGAAGGAUUGUCAGUCUUACGAUCAAGACACUGACUUAGUUGUCAUGACAGAUGACUCUCUCAAUGACUUCAUAAAGAAGCAGAUCAAGAACACUGGAGUGGAUUUUUACAUUGGGCUGCAUGACCUCAGCACAGAAAGUAAAUUCACUUGGGUCAAUGGAGAAGAACUUAAACCUCAAAAUAGUCCAAAUUGGUUACCAGGUGAACCCAACAAUUCUGGUAAUGAAGACUGUGUGGAGAUAAUGUACAAUGGAAAAUGGAAUGAUGUACCAUGCUCCUUCACACAGAACUUUAUUUGCCAAAGACCAAAUGAUAUACCCUUGGAUUGUGAUGAAGACAACGGAUGGGUCGUUGGUCUUGACUCUUGCUACAAAUUCUACGACUCAACCAAAACGUGGGAGGAUGCUAGACAGUACUGUCGGGACCGGGAUUCUGACUUGAUGGUGAUUGGUUCGGCAGAUGAGCAGAGUGUUGUCACAUCCCAAGCCAUUUCUAAGAAGUGGAAAACGUUCUGGAUCGGAUUAACGGAUAAGAAGACCUACAAAGGGAAAUAUCAAUGGGUUGACGGAUCCAGUGUUGGGACAUUGAAGAACUGGGCAGUAAACCAACCAAAUAAUAAGUAUUUUGACAAGGGCGGUGAUUGUGUUGAGAUUUUGGACAAACCUCUUGAUGGGAAAUGGACAACUGCUGCAUGCACAGACAAAAGACGAUUCACAUGCGAGAAGCCUACAGGAACAUGUGCCCCAGGCUGGCGGAUCCAUGGAGGAUACUGUUACCAAAUCAAUACCAUUUCUCCAAUGACGUGGCCUGCUUCUAAAUCAACCUGUGAAGCUUAUGGUGGAUUCCUAGUCAGCGUAACCAGUGAAGAUGAGAACUCCUUCAUCACCUCCCAGUUUGAGAUGUUGAUCGCUGUGGGAAUAGAUAGUCUAUGGAUGGGGGCAUCAGACUAUACAUCUGAUGGUGUCUUUGAGUGGUCCGAGGGAUCCUCUAUAUCAUUCAAUAAAUGGCAUCCAACGGAACCUAAAAAUACCCUCAAUCCUGACUGUGGGAACUACAAUACAGCUGAUCCUCAGGGUCGAUGGAUGACUGGUAACUGCUAUGAUGUACAAGCAUUCAUCUGCAAAAUAAGAGCUGGUGACAAGGUUUGGCCCAUUGAUUCAAACACUGGCGUCGGCCAUUGUCAACCUGGAUGGAACCUCUUCCAAGGCAACUGCUAUUUCAUCGAUUCAAAGUACAUCGAUUAUGCAACAGCCAAGAAGAACUGUGAAGACAAAAACACCAAGCUUACCAGUAUCCUAAAUGUGGAUGAGCAGUCUUACCUUUCAAUGAGGACGUACAUGUUUCAGGCAUACCUGUGGAUCGGGCUGAAUGACAAAGUCAAACAAGGAGACUUUGUUUGGGAAGAUGGCUCCCCAUAUGGUGGGUUUACCAACUGGGCCCCUGGCCAGCCAGAUCACUACAACAACAAUGAGAAAUGUGUUCAUUUUCGUUAUGGUGAACUUCAAGAAGGAAUGUGGAAUGAUCUCCCGUGCGGCAACAAGCAAGCUGGCUACAUUUGCAAAACUAAAGCAGACUGUGAAUCUCUCCUUGUGACUACAGAUGAUAUUUAUAAUUAUCGCUACCAUCCAUCUGUUGCUAAUGUAGACAGAAUUGAGUUUGAAGUCAAGGCAUCCCGUAACGUAUACAUUCUCCUUAGUACAACAUCCGACGAAGUCCCAGAGCAGUUGCUCUACGAAGUCGUCAUCGGCGACAAGCAGAACACUUUCUCUUCAAUCCGCCGAUGUAAACUUUGCAAGGACAAAGUCAAGAAAGCUACCAGCGCCUUCCUAAAUAAUCAAGAGUUCCGCGCUUUCUGGAUCACGUACGACCUGAACACGGGAGUCAUUGCAGUGGGCAAGAAACAUGAGUUGGCGUUCAUGACAUGGACUGAUCCUAAUCCACUGGAUGUUAAAUACGUCGGAUACUCCACAGGAGCUGGCUCCCAUGGAGAGUUUAAAUUUUGUAAUUUAUAUGCUGGAGUGGUCUCAACAGCUAAACCGCCUCAAACCCCUCCCUUUAACCAACGUUGUGGUUCUGGUUGGGAGUAUGAUCCCACAUCCAAUCAGUGCUACCUCUUCAGGCCAGGGGAAUUCAAGACAUGGGCGGAAUCAAGAGAGCAGUGCAGACUGGGAGGCGGUGAUCUCGUCAGUAUUACUGACCUGUCAGAGCAGACUUACAUCAAUGCACGAUUAUCUUUACAAACUGUGCCUGUGGUUUGGAUCGGUGCCAAUGAUGUUCUUCAAGAGGGAGGAUGGGAGUGGAGUGACGGGUCACCGUUUAAAUUUAUCAACUGGUAUCCUGGUGAACCUAACAAUGUUGGAACCUCUGGUGAACACUGUGCAGAACUCCAUCUUGCAACUGGAACAUGGAAUGAUGUCAUGUGUACAAACACAAUGGGAUAUAUCUGUAAAAAGGACGGUUACCUUGUGUCACACUAUUCAGUUUAUCCCAGCAUGUUCCUAGAUGGAGUUACUGAUCAAGUCACAGUAACCAACGUCUAUCCCGAUGAAUGUGCCAAACGAUGCAUCGCCAUGACAUUAUCGUCUUGCAUGUCAUUCAACUUUGACAUCUCCAAGAAAAAGUGUUCAUUCUUAGCGACUAAUAAAGACCUCAUCGGUGGUUUGAGUGCUUCGGUGAGCAUGGACUAUUAUCAGAUAAGAAAUGACGCACCACCGCCAACCAUUCCAGCCACCCUUGCCCCUAACUUCCGCUGUCCGGCAGCUUGGCAAGGCUACACGGACUUCUGCUACCAGACACAACCAUUGGAAGCUUCAUGGACCGAUGCCAGAGCGUCAUGUCGUAAACAAGGCUCUGACCUCAUCUCUAUCAUGGACUCCAACGAGAAUGCGUUCAUGGUGUCUCUUAUUGAACAAAGUAUUGGUUGUCGGCAAGGCUGGAAGAGUUUUGGUGACUACUGCUACUUCAUCAAUACUAAACAAAUGACUUAUUACGAUGCAGAGCAGACAUGUGAGGAUAUGGGGUCAAGACUCACCAGUAUACAUUCAUAUGAGGAACAGGCUUUCCUUACAGGUGAGGUGACUGCUGUUGGGACUCAUCUGUGGCUGGGCUUACAUGACAUCAAGAUUGAGAAUAAAUUUGCCUGGGUUGAUCAGACACCGAUGGACUUUGAGAAUUGGAAACCAGGACAGCCUGACAAUUGGCAGAAUGAGGAUUGUGCACAUCUAUUGUUCAUUUCAACAGAGGCGGGUCAGUGGAAUGACCUGCCUUGCUCAUCAAAGGCUGGAUACAUCUGCAAACUAAGAGCUGGAACUCUUGACACUACCAAGUUCUGGACUGGUCUGAAUGAUAACAAACUCUCAAUGACUUACGAAUGGAGUGAUGAUAGUCCUGUACUGUACACAAACUGGGCUGCUCAUGAACCUAAUAACAAUGGAGGCAAGAAUGAAGACUGUGUACAAACGUCUACAUCGGGUUUCUGGAGUGAUGUUGAUUGUCUUGGGCUGAGUCAUUACAUGUGUAAGAUGAAGAAACAGGAUCUUCCACCUACCCUGGUCCCAAUAACUCCAAAUGGCUGCGACCCGAGUUGGAUUUCUUAUGAAGGAUCUUGCUACAAAAUUGAGGACAGCGAUAAAGCAGGAUUCUUAGGAGCGAUGACAAAUUGCCAAUUAGCCGGUGGAAACUUGGUCAUUAUAAAUGACAGAUAUGAGCAGUCGCUGAUAACCAGUCAGCUUGGUCUGAGCUCUGGAUCUCAAUUCUGGAUCGGACUCAAUGAUCAACACACUCCUGGAUAUUAUGAAUGGUUGGAUGGAGCACCAUUGGAGUACAGUAACUGGGGCAAGGGACAACCAGAUGAUUCCAAGGGGGCAUGUGUAUUUGCAACCACCGGUAAGACUGCAGGUCUAUGGUCCGUCUAUGACUGCAGUACUACCAUGAACUACAUCUGUGAAAAGAGAAGAGCUGGUUUUACCACAGUCAGAGUCAUCACCGCGCCUCUGACCACACCGACCAAUGAUGACUGCCCUCUAGACUGGGUAGGCUAUGGAUCAAACUGCUAUAAGGCAUUUACUCCGAGCCCUCUACUGGAUUUCUGGGAUUCUGAGAAUUUCUGCAAAAACAUGGGCGGUAAUCUGGCUAGCUUCCACAAUAAAAACAAUGAGGAUUAUUUUAUCAAGAUGGCAAAUAUCACUACGGAUGAGUCUUACUGGAUUGGCUUCCAUGAUUCAACAUCUGAAGGAGGUUUUGAAUGGACCGAUGGGUCUCCAGUGGAGUAUACUAACUGGCAUGAUGGUGAACCUAAUGAUUAUGAUGCAGCUGAAGACUGUGGUGAAAUGUCCUUCAAUGGGCACGGGUGGAAUGACAUCAACUGUAUGUGGUACCAACGUCCAGCAGUCUGCAUGAUACCUAAGGGUCAGAUGCUAGCCACAACUAUUAAACCUGUAACCUAUAAGCCAUGUCCAACAGGUGAUGGCGAUUUCUUCUUGUACAACCAUUUCUGCUACUACCUCAGCCCUGAUAGUAACUAUCUCGGCUGGAAGGAUGCUGAGGAUUAUUGUCAUGAAUAUGGAGCACACCUUGUUUCUAUUCAUGACCAGGAGGAAUAUGACUUCUUAUAUAACCAGAUCAACAGACUUGAUAUUGGAUCUUUCUGGAUUGGUUUGAGGGAGUACAGUCAAUCUGGCAGCUACAAGUGGUCUGACGGCACUUCGCUCGACUACAAGGCAUGGGUAGAAGGUGAGCCUAAUGAUUCUAACGGAGAAGAAAAAUGCGUUGAGAUGUACCACUUCGACGAGUACAAAGAUGGCUCAUGGAAUGACCUGAACUGUGGCGACGGACGGAACUUCAUCUGCAAGAAGAAUUACGACUCUGUCGGACCAAUCACUCACGCACCCACCACUCCAGCCAGCGGCUACUGCCCGUACAAUUCAGUCAAGUUUCUGAACCGAUGCUACAUCUACUUUGGGACUGAUCCAUCGGCGAGGUUAUCAUGGAAGGAUGCUAGAGAUGAAUGUAAGAAGACACCAGGAACUGAGCUGGCUACGAUUCACUCACAACAAGUGCAAGCCCUGUUGACCACGUUUCUAGUGAGUUAUGACUUCCCUCUAUGGAUCGGACUGAGUGACAUCACAAACAAUCAACAAUUCAAGUGGGUGGAUGGAACAGUGGUAGACUACACUAACUGGGGUUCAGGAGAACCCAAUGAGGCUAAUGGAGAGGAGGAUUGUGUCGAGAUGUUAUAUGACUGGAAUAAUGCAGGGCGUUGGAAUGACGUGGGUUGUGGCACUCUAAACGGAUACAUCUGCCAAAGUAAACCAGAUCUAAACAUAGACCCCCCACCCUUAGUAAUCAACCCGUGCGAGACAGGCUACGCAUACUGGCCUAAGACGGGCAGCUGCUUCAAAAUAAUCUACGUCCCCAAAGACUUCAACGAUGCUACCACAGCCUGUCAGAAUCUGGGUAGUAAAGUAACGUUAGCGAGUCUGAACGACCCGUACGAGGCGGCGUAUGCUAAUUCACUCAUGGUGGCGACAGCAGUUGAUCCAGAAGAUGGUUUGAUUGACAGAGAAGAACCGCUGUGGAUUGGCAUGGUGGAUGAGGAGGUUGCAGGGGAGUACAGAUGGCUGGAUGGAUGGCCGAUGUUCUACACCAGAUGGGACACCAGCGAACCAAGCAGAGGUGCCAAUGAGGGCUGUGUAGUCAUGGGCUUCAAUGGUAGAUGGAACGAUACUACAUGCAGCAGCAAGUACAGAAGUCUAUGCAAGUACUCGUUGAACCCAGUGCCAACCUAUCACCCAGACUUACCCGGUACUUGUCCAGACACCUGGGAGUCAUACGGCAGCUCUUGCUACUACUUCCAGCCAGCCAGCGAAGACAGAGUGACGCAGUUUGAGGCACAGCUGAAGUGCAUGAAGAUGGGCGCUGAUAAUCUAGUCUCCGUAGCAAGCAAGAUGGAGAAUGAGUUCCUGCGGAAGACGAUGCGUGGUCUUCAUACGGAUUCGGCGUGGCUCGGAUUGCAUCGUGCUGAUGAAGGCCAGUUCGAGUGGUUGAACUCUGACCCAGUCAACUUUGUAUAUUGGAACAAUGGUGAGCCCUCAAUGACGUGGGAGGGAGAACAUGAGAACUGUGUUGAGAUGUACACGGACACAGGCAAAUGGAACGACAAUAAAUGUAAUCAACUCAGAUCAUACAUCUGUAAGAUGGCAAAACUACCUCCAGCAACUAAAGAGCCAUCUUUCAGCUUUGGGACGAAGAGCCCACAAAAGCAAGGAGGGACUCCAACUAGCACUAUUGUUGGUAUCGCACUCGCUGCAACUGUCUUUAUACUGCUCAUCAUGAUUGGCAUAUUCUUCAUAUCGUCGCGCAACAAGUCCCCCAAAGAUCACGAUACUAGUAUAACAGGCUUUGCAAACAUGACGUAUGCAUCUACCGAGGACAUGAAAUCUGCUGAGCCUUCUAAACCAGAAGAGGCUGAACCUGACGGGUCAAAUGCUUGAUGUACUACCAAAGAAGACAACUAACUAUUUCUGGAAUUCUACUUUAAUUAAUGUACUGUAAUAACGGAGAAUCAGCAUCAAUAAUAAACUCUGAAGUUCUGAAUCUCAUUUCCUACUUUGUUUUGCUGUCCUACGACAAUGAUUCAGUUUAUAAAGAAGUCAAUAUGCCAGUCCAAGUGACCUUGUUAUACCAUGCUAAAUGAGAGUCAGCUGUAGAAUAUGAAUGGCUUUGAAUGUUUGGUGACUUCACUGGAAAAUGGUACCAAGAGUAUGAGGGUUAAAUAUGGUGUUGGAAAAACCUUGGGCAACCAGUGUUCAGAAAUUCACAGCAAACAAAAUGAACAGUCCAAAAUAUAAAAAAAUUAUCAUUUAACAAACAAAUGUAGCAUAUUAUCUUUUAGGUCAACUAAUAGUCUGCUUUUAAUAACCCUUGGGUAGAGAUUUAAAGUUUUUUUUUAAUGUUAAACCAAAUAUUAUAUUGUGUCAAAUAAUUGAAUGUAUUUAGUGAUAAUUAUUUGGACCAGUUUAUCAUCUAUGUUUUAGUUUGGGGUGCAAAGCUGAUUGAAAGGCAAGGGGGUUCUUUAGUAAUUGUGAA